UUUUCCCGCCAAUAUGGGUCGCCCGCCCUGAGGGUAUAUUAGGGGGCGUCGAGACGGUAACUCAUCAGUACCGUGCUGGUUCUUGCUAAGCAAACACACACACGCCAUGAGAUUGUUGCUGCCGCUCUCUCUCCUCGCCAUCACCCUCUCUCUUGCAGAGGGGGUGAUGGUGUGUUACUACGGCUCCUGGGCGGUGUACAGGCCGGACAACGGCAAGUUUGACGUGGAGGCCAUCGACCCCUUCAUCUGCACCCACCUCAUCUUCGGCUUCGCCGGGCUUGGAUGGGACAACAAAAUUAGGGUACUGGACCCGUACAACGAGCUGUGUGAGAACUACGGCAAGUGUGCCUACGACCGGUUCACCGCGCUUAAGAACAAGAACGCCGACCUUAUUACCAUCCUGGCCGUCGGAGGCUGGAACGAGGGAUCCACCAAGUACUCUGAUAUGGCAAAGGACGCGGGAACAAGGAAGAUCUUCGUCGACUCCUCCGUUGAGAUGUUGAAGACCCACAACUUCGACGGUCUGGACAUGGACUGGGAGUACCCGACCCAGCGUGGAGGGAAGCCAGAGGACAAGGUCAACUUCAUCAGCCUCCUGUCAGACUUGUACAACGAGCUGCACGCCAACGGUAUGAUCCUGACGGCCGCCGUGUCCGCCGGUAAGCUGACCAUUGACCCCGCCUACGACAUCCCCGCCAUGGCAGAGAAUCUUGACCUCAUCAACCUGAUGGCGUACGACCUGCACGGCGCCUGGGACACCUACACCCACCACCAGUCUGGCCUCUACCAGUAUCCUGACGACACCGGCGACAACGUCUACCUCAACCAGGACUUCGCUGUGAGGUACUGGAUUGACGGAGGAAUGCCGAGCACCAAGAUCGCCCUGGGCGUACCCCUCUAUGGCCGCUGCUGGAAGCUGGACUUCAACACUGAUGAGACCGGCUACUACGCCCCGGCUAGCAACCCAGGACCCGCAGGACCCUACACCAGGAGCCCUGGCUUCUUGGGCUACAACGAGAUCUGCGAGUUCCAGAAGAACGAGGGUGACUGGGUGAUAGAGAUCGCGCCGGGCAUGAACGAACCUUACACCUACAGCUACAACCACGAGAGGAUCUGGUGCUCCUACGAUGACCACGACUCUUGCGUAGUCAAGGCCAAUUACGCUAAAGAGAUGAACCUGGCUGGUAUGAUGGUCUGGAGCGUGGAGACAGACGACUUCCUUGGUAUCUGUGGCGCUCGCUCCUUCGACCUCAUCAAGACGCUGGCAGAGACGUACAGUGGUAACGUCAUCACUGUUCCCCCUCCACCACCUACCACCACCAGGGACCCUGACGCACCCACCACUAGCAGCGUCAGCACCACCACCCCCACCACCACAUCCACCCGCUCCCCGCCCCCUCCUGACGGCGUGUGUCAGAAGCCCGGCCUCAACGCUGACCCCGAGAACUGCCACCACUACUACCUCUGUGCUCCGAACACGAGCGGAGGCUACGACGCCACGGAGGAAAUCUGUCCCCCGGGCACACUCUACAACCCCGACGCCUUCAUCUGCGACUGGCAGAACUCCGUCUGCGCCCUCGGCGACGUCUGUCCGGACGACUGUGCUUAGUUCUGUCCGUCCGUCCGUCCCCCCGUGUUUCCGUUCUUUUGCCUCUGACUGGUGGCAUAUGUAAACGCGUAGCGCAGCCACAACGUUUUGCUGGACGUUCUUGCGUCGUCGUAGCUGCGUCAGAAUAACGUGGUGGUCACGAAGUGUGUGUUCUUGUUGUGUUUGCUGUGACGCGCUUACAGAGCCUCUUUCUCCAUUGUAUACACUAGUCUACCUCUGUGUUUAAUUUUCACUGAGGAUGAUAGCCACACCGUAAACCAGACCGUAGGUGGAUUAUACCCAUUCGACCCCCCUCCACCUCCCAGUUAAGUUUCCUGAAGUAUACCCUCCAGAUUAAUAUAUUGUAGGUGCUAAAUAAAUUAUUAUGCAAA